AAACGAUACAUCCGGUAGUGAAGCGGAUGUAAAACCUAUCAAUCAAUCAAUCAAUCAACCAGCGCAUUCCCGCCUACAACGAAUUCAGUGAAGCGUAAUAUCAACAUAGAGGUUUAAUCCCGCAGUGGUGUUUACCUUAAAAACGUGACGACACAUGCGUCACUCUGAGGAGAGAAGGCGGUUUACUAUGAUAUAUUCAUUCUGUUUUCUGUUACAACUGUACAUUGGACCGUCUACAGCACUAGCGUACACAUGUAACCGCGGAAGAUCUGUUCCAUUGGUGUGACACGCGUGUUUUACUAAGAGUAUGUGAUUCAGACUGUGUGGGACCAUACCACUACGGCUAACCUUUCGCCUGUAACUACACUUACGUACAUUUACAUAUAAAGUGAUACAUAUGAGCGCUGGCUAUGUCCACUUACAUUGGUGUAAGUGAAAUUCCCAGUUUCAUUAUCCCUGCCUUCCUUCUUACUGUGUCGCUCUACUGGCUGUGGAAGAGAGAGAUGGCGCGCGUUCCAGGGCCCCGAGGCCUCCCUAUCAUCGGGAACAUCCCCCAGGUGACUGGUGGAGGGUUCGACCAAAAGUUGCAGAGAUUUCGGGAUCGCUAUGGAAACAUUUUCCGACUAAAACUGGGCGAGAUGACCACCAUAUUUGUGUUUGGACUUAAGAAUAUUGAAGAGGUAUUGCUCGGACGAAAUGAGAAUUUUGAGAUGCGUCCGAACUGGCUGUAUAUACCCGAUAAAGUCAUUCAGAAAAAAGGGCUAAUUUGGACAAAUGGCGAGAUGUGGCAAAGACUUAGGGACAUAAUGACCAAUACACAGAACUCUCCGGACAGCGGUCAACAUACCGAGAAACAAAUCAUGACCGAAAUUCAUCACACUGUCAAGCUAUUACACACAGGAAGUGACCUCGGUGAAACCGGAAUUGACCCCAGCAGUCUUUUUAGCGCUUCCACAUUUAAUAUUCUGUCUUCCUUUGUAUUUGGUCAGCGGUUCGAGAUGACAGAAACAGACUACAGUCUACUCAAGGAUGGUAUUGCUGAUCUAACAGAGAGGAACAAAACCCAGAACCCAGUCAACAUGUUUCCAAGUCUGGGUGCCUGUAUGACGCGAAAGAGAGAUGAAGCUAUUGUAAAGGAAAGCGAACUCUUCAUUAUCUUAAAGAAAUAUUUGACCGCCCACGCGAGUAAGCGUUGUCCUGGUAACCCAUCACGUGAUCUGAUGGACACAUACAUACAACAGACGGAGACCAACAUUGAAAGUGAUACGGAAAAUACAGAGAACAACUUCCUGCGCUCGAUCCUUGACAUGUACAUAUACGGAUCGGAGAUGACUUCUUCACUACUUCUGUGGACAGUUGUGUUCCUGGUCAGAUACCCGGAUGUACAACGAAAAUGUCAGGACGAAAUGGAUUUGGUUGUAGGAGACCGGGACCUGACGUCAUCAGACAGGGCCAAUGGUAGUCUGCCGUACUGUGUGGCCGUAUUAAAGGAAAUCCUGAGAAUAUCUAGUCCGGCUGUCAUGACAACACUGCACACCAAUCACAAGAGUGCUAUUGUCGGCGGUCACUUGAUCCCUGAACGCUCAUUGGUCGUCUGCGAUCUGCAUAACCCUCGAUUCGACGAAAACCUGUGGGAAAACCCCUCUGAAUUUAAACCAGAGAGAUUCCUUUCCAAGCUGAGUGCGGAACAAGAACGAGUUGCUUCCCUUUCAUUUGGUCUUGGUCCGAGAUGUUGUCCAGCCAGGAAAUUAUCGGAAACUGCGCAUUUCCUGUACUGCAUGAACCUCAUACGUCACUUCCGCAUUCAUCAUUAUGAUGAAAGUGUGCCUAUACCUUUGACCGCAGAUUACAAAGGCGUUUCUCUUAAGCCCCGCCCUUUUAAGGUAGUAUUUAAACCGAGGGAAGUACAGGUACAAGUGAGCCAAGGUUGAACCAAGCUGGCCAGAUUCGGGACAUAUAUAUGCAUCUAAGACACCUGUUUGAUGUUACUAUUGACAACCGGUUAGUGCAAUAACUGAAUGGAUUGGAUCGUUAAGGCAGCUCAAGAUGGGAAUUCAGAGGAGACUGCACCUGCAGCAGAUCUGUGUCCAAUUGAAAGUAUGAUGUGGAUGAACCGGCCUAUGAUGUCUGUUAUGAACUGUUUUUUGUAACAUUCAGUGUUUAAACGAGAUUUCUUGGUGUCAAGGAACAUGUCUUACUAACUUAAUUUAUUCACCCCUGAAGAUACAUUUGAACUCUACCAAUUCAAAAGUUGGAAUAGUUCAUUAUGAAAUUUUAGGGGUAAAAGAGUUAAAAUAAAUGAUGACAUGACAUAUAUAAUUUUGGCCAACCAAGCGUUCUGUCCAAAAUAAAUUAUAAAUGAUAA